AUGAGCAUUGCUGCCCGGCCUCGAGAGGCUGACAGCCCUGCCUGCCUGUUGGCACCCAAGGCAUCCCAGCCGAAAACACUUUUUAGUUUCCCGUCCACGUGCUUGGCUGUCAUGAGGGGUUUUGAAAAACCAUCUGCCAUCCAACAGCGAGCUAUCAAGCAAAUAAUUAAAGGGAGAGACGUCAUUGCUCAAUCUCAGUCUGGUACAGGCAAAACAGCCACCUUCAGUAUCUCUGUCCUCCAGUGUUUGGAUAUUCAGGUUCGUGAAACCCAAGCUUUGAUCUUGGCUCCAACGAGAGAACUGGCCGUGCAGAUCCAGAAGGGCCUGCUUGCUCUGGGUGACUACAUGAACGUCCAGUGCCAUGCGUGCAUCGGGGGCACCAACGUGGGGGAGGACAUCAGGAAGCUGGACUACGGGCAGCACGUUGUUGCCGGCACACCUGGGCGCGUCUUCGAUAUGAUCCGUCGCAGAAGUUUGAGGACUCGAGCUAUCAAGAUGUUGGUCUUGGAUGAGGCUGAUGAAAUGCUGAAUAAAGGUUUCAAGGAGCAGAUUUACGAUGUGUACAGGUACCUGCCCCCAGCCACACAGGUGGUGCUCAUCAGUGCCACGCUGCCCCACGAAAUCCUGGAGAUGACCAACAAGUUCAUGACGGACCCCAUCCGCAUCUUGGUGAAACGCGACGAGCUGACACUGGAGGGCAUCAAGCAGUUCUUCGUGGCGGUGGAGAGAGAGGAGUGGAAGUUCGACACCCUGUGCGACCUGUACGACACGCUGACCAUCACCCAGGCGGUCAUCUUCUGCAACACCAAGAGGAAGGUUGACUGGUUGACGGAGAAAAUGAGAGAAGCCAACUUCACCGUCUCGUCGAUGCACGGAGACAUGCCUCAGAAGGAGCGCGAGUCCAUCAUGAAGGAGUUCCGCUCUGGCGCCAGCCGCGUGCUCAUUUCAACAGAUGUCUGGGCCAGGGGGCUGGAUGUCCCUCAGGUGUCCCUGAUCAUUAACUACGACCUGCCGAAUAACAGAGAACUGUACAUACACAGAAUCGGGCGGUCGGGCCGGUACGGCCGAAAGGGCGUGGCCAUUAAUUUCGUGAAGAACGAUGACAUCCGCAUCCUCCGGGACAUCGAGCAGUACUACUCCACGCAGAUCGACGAGAUGCCGAUGAACGUUGCUGAUCUGAUUUGAAGAACCUGGCACACUGAAGAGCAAUUGGCCACCAUGUACGUGUGCCCCCCUUGGGGAGUAUUCGGGGCCGUUUCUGUGUAGGGGUGGUGUGGACUCAGAGCACCCCACAGCAAGCUCCAGGGCUCUGCCACUUUUUCUUACCCUCAUGUAAAUAAUGCAUUGCUUUAAGUUUUUUUCAUUAAACAUAUAAACUUUUCCCAUAAACCCUAA